AUGGAUGCAGUAUUGGACAUGGAGGCACGUGUGCUUGGUAGCAGUUCUUGGGUUUCAGGAUCUGGGAAAAAACGUUGCAUUGGUCAAGUUACUCCUAUUGAAGAACAGGCUUGGCAUGUGCAUACUCCAAGGCCUGUUUCUUUCAAGCUUGUUGCUGAUACCCCUCUUCUUACUGGACAGCAAACGAUCUUUCUUUGCUUUCCAGAUAUGAUUAAAGGCAUGUUUUUGGCUGUAGUUAUUGGACCACCUGUUGUGGUUGCCAUCAUUUUAAUAGUACAGGGUAAGGAGAGCAUUCUAAACAUUCUGGAAACUUUAAAAGAAGAGGGAAAUAGGGUCUUGUUCAAUGCUUUAGCUGUGUUUGCUCUAAGGGAGAUCAACUUAUCAAAAGUAACCUUCUCAACAACAACAUUCUACUUAAGCAGGUGA